UGUUGCCUAGAUCUCUCUGGUCUUUAUAUCAACCCCCUCCCUCACUCUCUCUCAUCUCACAGUCACAUUUCAGCUUUUUCUUUUGAGCUUUUGGGCCAAUUUCUUUCUUUACUGAACCAAUCUAUUGAACCCCAUAUUCUCAUUCUUCUCUCUCUAAAACUCUUGAACCCCAUUUUCUCGUUUCUCUCUCAUUAAGCUUGCCCAAUUGUAAAUUUCUGCAAGGGAGAGAAUUGGAAUGGGGAUGAAAUGGAUGCUUGUUUUAGUCACUUUGGGCUUAUUGUUGGGCCUGAGCUCAGGCGCUAAGAAGAAGACAUGUGAUAAGGGGUGGGAGUGCAAGGGCUCCAUAUAUUGCUGCAAUGAUACCAUCUCAGACUUCUUUCAAGCGUACCAGUUUGAGAACCUCUUCUCCAAGAGGAAUGCCCCCGUUGCCCAUGCUGUUGGAUUCUGGGAUUACAAAUCAUUCAUUCUGGCGUCGACCCAGUACCAGCCCCUCGGCUUCGGCACCUCUGGCGGCAAGAAAAUGCAGAUGAAAGAGGUCUCUGCUUUUCUCAGCCAUGUUGGCAGCAAGACUUCCUGUGGGUACAAUGUGGCGACAGGAGGUCCAUAUGCUUGGGGCCUUUAUAACCACGAAAUGAGCCCGAGCCAGUCCUACUGUGAUCCAAACUACCUCUAUCCUUGUGCACCUGGAGUCGAUUAUUAUGGCCGAGGUGCCAUUCCUGUCUACUGGAACUACAACUAUGGGCGCAUUGGUGAUGCAUUGAAGGUAGAUAUAUUGAACCACCCUGAGUAUUUGGAACAGAAUGCCACCCUUGCCUUCAUGGCCGCUAUGCAUGAAUGGAUGACCCCAAAGAAGAAGAACCAGCCUUCAGCCCAUGAUGCUUACGUCGGGAACUGGAAGCCAACCAAGAACGAUACAUUGUCCAAAAGGCUUCCGGGUCUUGGGAUCACCAUGAACAUUCUCUAUGGCGAUCAGGUUUGUGGGCAGGGGUCAGUUGAUUCCAUGAACAAUAUUGUCUCCCACAAUCUCUAUUACCUCGAUCUCAUGGGUGUUGGCCAGCAAUACUCUGGUGAAAAUCUCGACUGUGCAGAGCAGGUUCCUUUCAAUCCAUCCGUCAAAUCUGCAACUUCUUAAGCAUACCUCGUGCAUGGGCAAUAAGCAGUGAGCAAUUGGAUACAUGCAAAUUAUUGGUUUCUGUAUGCUAUAUUGGAUACACUCUCUCUGGAUGCAUAUCAGUUUGAUGUCAGUGUUGUUUUGUAUGUAGUAGUUUGUGUGUUCAUAGGAUUUAUUUUCUGUGCUAUGGAAUGGUGAUUACCAUGUCCAUUGCCAGAUUGUUGGAUAUGGAAAAAGACUCUUUACAUUGAUAGUUUUUUAUGAGCCCUCCCCUUCUCUCUCUC